UCUUUCACCAGCAACAAAGAGAGAAGAGAAAAAUCGACGAAUAAGAAUGAGGGGAGUAGGAGCAGAGAAGAAGAUAACUCUGGAGGAAUACGUCGAUUUCAUCAACUCUGCAAAGUCCAUCGACUUCACCUGCUCCUACCUCAAUCAGAUCCUUCACAUUCACGGCUUCCGAAAGCUUCACAAAUCCAAUAAGAAAACUGUAGGAGAAGCAGUAGGCGCAGUGGAUCUACUCGAUCUCUCUCGCUCGACUCUCAAUCAAACCUCCGUCGCGUCAUCAGCUUCCCUAACUCUCGAUCAAGUCAUAAGCGACAUCGAAGCUCUCAAGUGGCAGGAGUGCUGCCUCACCUCUCUCCAGAUCAUCAGUUCCGAUGAAGUCACUCCAGGACCAGCCGUCGCCAGCCCCAAGCAGAAAUCGAACAAGAGAAAGAUCGGAAACCAAAAGAAGAAGAAGAAAAUGCGAAGAGCGUCAGAUCUAUGAACGAAGCAGCAGCAGCUAAUUACUUCCUACGACGACGUAACGACUCUCUGAAAAUUUCUAAUUACUGUUUGUUAAUCUUCCUUUAAUCUCACCUUUGAAACAGAUCACUAUGCAGUAUGCAUUAUACGAGAAAUAUUAAAAAACAAUAUCAUAUAGUAAGCAAAAAUAUACUAUAUUA